AUGCUACCCUCGACCCUGAAGUCCGGAUUCAUAACCUUUGCAGUGGAUAAGUCUCCUCAAAAGGGUUCUCCAAGAGGAUCCCCGUCUAGGCCACCAUUCUCACCACGCGCCAAGAGCGGAGUCCUGCCAAGCAACAAGUGGGUUCGGGAUGAAAACGCCUACUGCAAGCUUCACAAAACAAACGGGCACUCAACCCGGGACUAUAAGAAACUGAUGCAUCUUCUCGCAAAGAAAUUCUUGUCUGCUGAAAUGCCGAAUGUAUCCAUUGAUGAGCUUGACCAAAAGACGACGUCCGAAGUGGACGACGAUGCUCCACCUUCAAAGAAGCCAAAACAGGCAGAUGGUGAUACAGAACCAAAGAAAAGAAUAGAUGUUAUCAUGGGCAGAUCACGUUUAUUCAGCAAUUCGAUAACAGCGAUCAAAGACCAUCGGCGCAAGCUGGUCACCUCGGGACCUAAAUGGAUAAAACUCGCCGCGAGCGACCUACCCGAGGUCACCUUCUUGGAGAAAGAAACGAAAGAUUUAAGAACCCCACACGACGAUGCCCUAGUCAUAUCACUCGACAUAGCGAAUCACAAGGUAUGCCGAAUCCUGAUUGACACUGGGAGCUCGGUGGAUCUAAUUUUCCUGGAGACCCUCACUAGAAUGGGUACUGGCAAGGAGCGCAUCACAGGACCUCCCUCACCCCUAGUCUCAUUCACGAGCGAGACGCCAAUGUCCCUAGGAACGAUCACUCUCCCUGUUUCCACUCAAGGUGUAGCUAAAAUGGUGGAGUUCACGGUGUUUGACCGACCUGCGGCCUAUAAUGCGAUAAUGGGGACACCGUGGCUGUUCAAAUGA